AUGCGCCGCAAGGCGUGUAAUGCAUGCGUGCAGGCCAAGACCAAAUGCUGCUACACACAGCCGACCUGCUCGCGCUGUGCCAAACGGGGCAUCGUCUGCGAAUACAUGUCCAUGGCCAAGACAGCAGCCACCAUUGCCUCGGCCUAUUCCGCCUCUUCUGCCUCGGCCUCUUCCUCUUCUCUCUCGGCCAAAGACCCUUCCCAACCGGAUGAGACCAGCAUGAGCACGACCGACCUCCCGUUGCUGUGGAGCCGUCGGAGCCCGCUGGGCGAUCCCGGCGCUGAUAACUUAGACUCAUGGAGCUCCCAGAACUUCCUCUGGGCCCUGGAUACAAUCAAUCUCCCGUCACUGCCCUCCUCAUCGACCAGCAUGGUCAACGAAGUUACUCUGGGCCCCGCGCCGGCGAUCCCGACCAGACAUCCGAGCUUCACCUUUCCGCUGACCUCGCCUUCAUCACAACAGUCGUACAAUCCGCUGGUCGAGGAGACCAUCGCGCCGCCGGGUUCAGGGAUCCCCGAUCUGUCCACGCUGACCGGGCUCGGCUCACAGGAUGCCAAAACCGACUCGCCUCAGGCACCGUUGUCCAGUCCAGACGUGCUGGGAGUGCGCCCAGCCAACUAUGCGCGUCUGCUUCUACAGUACCCGAAACUCCUGCUGCAGGAUGAUUUCUACUGUCCAUUUCUGCACCGCACCCUGUUCAAUGAGGAUAUGCCAGAUAUGACGAUUCUUCCGCAUACAUCCAUGGCCAUAUGCUGCGGAAGUGCUUUGGGCAACAGAGACGGUGUGGGCUAUAUCAAGCGAGCCAUGGAUGCGCAACGGCAAAGCCUGAUUGAGUCAUAUCGGGCUGACAAAGAGACUGUCCAGCCUACCUACCACUGUCUGGAGCAGUGGGACGCUCUGCAUGCGAUGCUCCUCUAUGAGAUCCUUGAGAUGGGCAUGGCGCCCAUCAACGAAUCUGAGAGCUGGAAACGAAAGCGACGCACAAGAGGGCUGAAGUCCCCCUUCCUCUCCAAAAUGACCCAGUGUUUCUCGCGGUCCUACCUUGAGUGUCACGACGCGGCACUCCUGCCCGACACCGACACCAAUAGCUCCUGGGUCAAAUGGGCCGUCACUGAAACUGCCCGCCGCACCAUGUUCCUUGCUAACAUUGUCAACUUCUUCAGUAACCGCGAUCUGGAGUCCGGGCGCCAAUUGCCCUACUAUGAGCCCCUCAACGACGAGCUCAUCAUGAAGAUGCCCCUGCCCUGCAAUCAGGCGCUGUGGAGCGCCCGCACCGAAGACGAGUGGCGCAAGGCCACGCAGAUGGCCAAGCAGGCGUCCCCUACGGGCUCCCCGGGCACCUCCGACGCUUUUUCUACCUUUGGCGCUGCUGCCGCUAGUGCUGCUGGUGCCGCCGCGGGUCCGCACAUCGCCGUGGGCGAGCAGCUCCCAAAUCACCAUCACCCACUCUCGCUCAAGUCGCUUUUCUCCAAGUUCGCCAAGGACUAUCUGCGGGCGAAUUUCACGACGAAUGCGGGGUUUGGCGACUCCAAUGAGCUUCGGUCGUUCAUCAUUCUCUGUGCGCUGGAGCAAUUUUCGUGA